CUCGGCAGCUGAGCAGAGCAGGGGUGUCCCCUGCGAGACCACGGCAGUCCGGGACCCCCAGGGCAUAAGCUCUCUCAGCGCGCGGGACCCCGGCGACCGCGCACGCCGCCCCCGCUGGCCCGCGCCACGCUCCGCCCUGGACGCCGCUCGUCCCGGAGCGGGGGUGCGCGGGGGGUGGGAGCGGACCAGCUCAGCCUGAUUUACGGCUCUGCUGAAAACCGCUUCGCACCCGCAGCAGUAGAAGCGAGGCGGCGGCAGCGGCAGCAGCAGCUGCAGGGGCAGCAACAAGUCGGGACUUUGAGAGUAAUGCAACAGAAGGCUUUUGAGGAAAGCAGAUACCCCUGGCAGGAGUCCUUUGAGAAUGUCGCUGUGUGCCUGCCAUUCCGCUGCCCGAGGUGUGGGGACCAUACCAGAUUUAGAAGCCUGUCCUCAUUGAGGGCCCAUCUGGAAUUCAGUCACAGCUACCAGGAGAGAACCCUCUUGACAAAAUGCAGCCUCUUUCCGUCCCUCAAAGACACAGACCUAGUCAGUUCCUCAGAACCCCUGAAACAGGGAAAAUUGCAGAGCUGUGGCAACAUAGUGAAGCAGAAACCGAGCUAUGUUAACUUGUGUAGCAUUUCGCAUGAACACGGCAAGGACAGGAAGCCAUUCGAGGUGGUGGCAGAGAGGCCUGUGUCCUAUGUGCAGACCUACACUACGGUAGACCUACGUGCAGACUCGCUGGAUGGCCUGAGGUCCAGUCCUGGCCUCCCCACCUCAGACACCAAAGCAGCUUUCGAGGCACAUGUCAGAGAAAAAUUCAAUCGGAUGGUCGAGGCUGUGGACAGGACCAUUGAGAAGAGAAUCGAUAAACUCACCAAAGAGCUGGCCCAGAAAACGGCUGAACUGUUGGAAGUUCGGGCAGCUUUUGUGCAGCUGACUCAGAAAAAGCAGGAAGUGCAGAGACGAGAGCGGGCCCUGAACAGACAGGUGGAUGUGGCCGUGGAGAUGAUCGCAGCGCUGAGGCAACGCCUGACGGAAUCUGAAGAGGAGCUUCUCAGGAAAGAAGAAGAAGUGGUUACAUUCAACCAUUUCCUGGAAGCAGCCGCUGAGAAGGAGGUUCAGGGGAAAGCUCGGCUCCAGGACUUUAUUGAGAACCUGCUGCACCGGGUAGAACUGGCGGAAAAGCAGUUGGAGUACUAUCACAGCCAGCAGGCCGCUGGCCUCUGCCGGGACACCAGUGAGCACGUGCUUACAGAUAUCUCCUCAAAUAGGAAAUCCAAAUGCCUAAGCCGAGGGCACCCACAUUCUGUGUGUAACCACCCUGAUCUCAAGACCCAUUUCCAUCCAAAGGGAAGGAGCUACCUGAAAAAAGCCAAGGAUGACAGAGCCAGCAUGCAGCCUGCUAAUAAGUCCACGCACGAACAGGCCGAGUCCGCAAGAGAACUCUGCAGACCAGCAAAGAAAGGGGAGCCUCUAGGAUUUACCCGGAAAGGAAACAUAAGGCCGAAAAUGGCCAAAAAAAAGCCAACAGCGAUUGUGAACAUCAUCUAAAAGGGUGGAUGGCUCUGGACAACCACCACUGGGCUUUGGGAAUGUUGUUCUAGGGGUCAGUAAUGUUCUUUUAGACACAAGCCAUCAUAAAACACAUUUCAUGUCCAUACAGGCACCUGGAUUAACCAGAAUUUAACAAACGGAAAUCUCGGUGAACCAGAAUUUUUUACAAGUCCCUUUUGGAAGCAAGAGGCAAAUUACAGAAAGAAUUUUUUAACAAUGCAAGCAGUCUUAUUCCAAACUUUUAGUAAAAUGAAGCUCCACCUUCUAAGAUGGUUAGCCCGUCUCCAGCCAUUUCCACAUCUGGAGUUCUGUGCAGUGGUUAAUUCUCAGGCCCAAGGCCAAAGAAGAUGUCAGGCGCUGGAAAAAAACUCAACCUGUGCCCCCUGUUCUGUGAAUUGUGAGGCAAGGAAUGGGAAUGUAAAGUCCUGUUAAUAGUAGUGAAAUAAACAUAUUUUUGUUUGUUUUUAACCUUACCCUCAAUUAAUUUGGGAGCUUCCAAAAUAAGGCUGUUUCCCUGAGUAUUCUGAUUAAUCAAGAUUUCAGUGUUUGGGCUGCUUCAAGGACUCGUUCUGUCAGACUUCAGUUGUCAUUCCGACAGACUGUUUUCUAGUUUGUUUCAUGCAGGUUUUUGUUUCCCUGGAUGCAUGUUUAUUCUUAUUUUGAUGCACCUCUGUUCUCUUCUUUGGCUGAGUAUUCUGCACCCUAAGACCAAGCUGCCAGCCUCUAUCUUAAUAGCUGCUUCUACUGCUAUGGUUGGGGAGGAUAGUAAAACACUUUUGAUCGGCACCCAUCACCAGUUCAGGGUCUGAAUGGUUGGAUGCCAGUGGAUUGCACAUUUAGUGCAUUGUGAGCCAUCCCAGAGACACCACAGAUGUUACUCAGCCCUUUCCUAAGACCUGCUUCCCGGGGGGUGUCAGCAUCCUAUCUGUUAGCUGUAGGCAUGACUUUCUCCUUGCUGGCCUAACUUUUUCCACCUCCUGCUGCUUCUGUGCCCUUUUAUGACUAAAAUACAUGUUCUUACCUUUCAACCAAGUAUCUAAUGUAUUUGUUGUAUACGGCCUUCUAAAGUAAUUUCUGAAAUAAACAUUGCAUGUGGGAUCCAGAAUCUGAGAUUGUCCUCCCCGCCCUGCCUCCCUAAAAUGGCCUUGGUUUCCAUAAAGAACCAUCUGUUACGAACCUCCUGCUUUACAAUUUUCUUCAAGAAUGAAUUUCCGUGUUACUUUUUUUUUUUUUAAAUUAGCAA